UUGUUUUGAAAAGAAACAUGGCAGUGGUCACCUAAGCGGGAUGCACUUACUAUUUCUAUUUUAUAACAGUUUACCGGCCUUGGACUGACACUUAACGGCAUAACGAUGUUUCGCUUGUUGAAAAUAAGCAGUUUCAAUUAUUCAAGACUUAAAACGUUAGAAUCGUACGUACAAAAUAGUGUGAGAAGUAGACUGUGCUCGCAUUGCAACGCUGUUCACGUGCAUUCGCAAUUUUCUUAUCGCUUCGUCCAUACUAAUGCAGUUGACAAGCCGCCGACAGGAGCAAAAAAUAUUAAGGCGCACGUGGUAGUGAAAAAGAAGAGAGUUAGAAGAACAAAUGCUGAAAUGCUAGCUGCUGGUGGCUUUAGCAGCAAUCAGAUUAAAAAAGAAGCCUUGAAUAAAGGAGCUCAUCUGGCAACCAAAAAUAAUCCCGCUUCUCUAAAGAAACCCAAAUCCAAGUUAACCGCAUCGCAAACCAACUUGGAAGCACUGCAUGAGAUCCCUGAUGACCCUGAUCUAUUAUUAGAACAUGAUAUACAGUAUGCAAACUCGGGACUAGAGACAGGAUUGGAGUCAAGUUCGUUGGGAGCUGAAUCUGAGAAAAAAAUGAGCAGAAGAGUCCUUAGUGAGGAACUGAAAAAGCAACAGGAAGCAUUGAUUGAGCAGCAGGAAAUCGCUAGAAGAACUGAAACUGUGACUAAAAAUCUAUUGUGCUACUUGGACGUUUGUGUUUCGUGUGGAUUUAUGAACAAAGGCUUUGCGGUGUUGAUGCACUACACAUCCAAACAGAACAAGCAUCACAAAAUAGGGAAGCUAACAAAUGUUGCACUGUACAAUACUCUCAUCCAUGGCUAUGCAGCAAUGGGAAAUAUUCGUCAAGUUAGUGAACUGAUGGACAUUAUGAAGUACAGUGAUGUUACCCCCAAUACUGCAAGCUUUGCUGGAUGCUUUGAAUGCGCAGGAAGGGUUGGCAAAACCUUCCAGAGUGAAAUCCAACUGAAAGAGUGGUCGCGUCUGAUGUCCAAAAAUAAUAUAUCUAUGCAAUCACUGUUCAGCUCAAUGAAGUUGCUUAGGGAACAAAAAGAAAUGAUAUUAAAGGCGUGUUUGAUGAUUGAUCCAAGAUUUGAACCUCAGACUCCGGACGUAAAGUAUGAUUAUCAGUGUUCACUUAUCAAGACCUUGAACCCUUUUGAGCUGGCAAACACCAAGCGUGUUGAGCAAGUUAUGGACGCUGCAGAGCUACAGGAAAAGGCAACUAAACAACUCCAGUUGGAAAAGGCUGGAAGUGUGAUUGUGAGAAGUGUCGAGAUAAGCAGUCAGCCUCCGGAAGCUACAAACUUCUAUAGGGCAAAGCUAACUGAUUUGCAAUCCAAGUGGAAGGAAGUCUUGGAAAAGUCUUUCUUUCGGAACUUACAAGCUCUGAAACAUGUGCAUUACAAUAACUCCAAGGGAAUGACGGCGUACCCCUUCUUAAAAGCACUGAACCCAGAUGAAUACGUUAAUAUUAUGUUUAAGGAAGUCCGGAAACUUGCUGAGGGUUCGGAGACAUUCAGCCCCUCAAUGCACUUGCUUUUUAAAUCUAUAGGGGAGCAAGUUCUAUCCAGGUAUCAGGUGCACACUAAAUUGAAAACUGGCGUUGUAGAAAAUACAGAAAAAGUCUACAACAAGUACUGUGAAUGGUUUGCUGACAAUGAGUCUGCGCAAGUCAGCAAUACGAGAAUUAAGUGGCAACAGCUUCUUGCUGAACACGAAGACGGCUCUAGUGUGCAUGUCGCGGACAAAACAUGGUCGCAGCCCAUUUUGAUAGACAUUGGCAAGUUUCUAUACAACAUCAUCAUGCAAGAUAUUCUAUUAGAUGUGCACCUUCUCAACGAAUCCUCUAAACAGGGGCAAGAAAUUCCUGCAUUUUACUCGUGUUUCCGAUUUUCGGGGAAAAUUAUCAGGGAAGAAAUAAAGCCACAUCCGGUCCUCGCAAAACUGUUCAGAUUGGCAGCACUGGAAACUUUGGAAUUCCCCACCUCAUUAGUUCCCAUGGUGAGCCCACCUUUACCCUGGACGUCAAUUCAGCAUGGAGGUCAUUUAAUCACUAGCACAGAGCUCGUUAGGUUGCCGCACCAAGCCGUGACGCAAUGGGAACGAAUGGAAGCUUCUCCUGUCCAUCAACUCUAUCCUUCCUUUGAUGCGUUGAACCAACUCGGUUCUAUCCCAUGGAAAAUCAAUGAACCGAUGCUGGACUUAGUCACAGAGGUUUUUGUUUCUGGAGGCUCAGCUGAGCUGGACAUCCCUCAAAGCCCUCCUGUGGAUGGAGGCACUUCCGAUCCUCUCCCCAGUGGCCAAGCCAAGGAAGAAAGAAUGGAUACCUUCAAGCAAAGACUCGCUCUGCGCCGGCAUAGGGCUGAGCAGUACAGCAUGUGGUGUGAUACGCUCUACAGACUGUCAUUAGCCAAUCAUUAUCGCAAAGAAGUCUUUUGGCUUCCGCACAACAUGGACUUUCGCGGUCGAGUGUAUCCAUGCCCUCCACAUCUGAGUCACCUGGGCAAUGACAUGGCUCGCAGCAUCUUGUGCUUCGCCAAAGGAGAGCCGCUGGGGAAAAAAGGCUUGGACUGGCUAAAAAUCCACGUCAUCAAUUUGACUGGUCUGAAAAAGAGGGACGCAGUUGCUGAUCGACUGCGAUACGCCGAUGAAAUCAUGUCCGAUAUCUUGGAUUCAGCUGACAAUCCCCUCAAUGGAAGAAAAUGGUGGGUUAAGUCUGAUGAACCCUGGCAAACGUUGGCAGGUUGCAAGGAAAUUGCUAAUGCCAUCCGCUCUCCAAACCCAGAGGAAUACGUCUGCUACAUGCCAAUCCAUCAAGAUGGUUCGUGUAAUGGACUUCAGCACUAUGCAGCUCUCGGACGGGAUGCUGCCGGAGCGUUGAGUGUCAAUUUGGCUCCUGCCGAGACACCUCAGGAUGUGUAUAGCUGCGUUGUUACUUUGGUGGAGAACUGCCGGGCGAGAGAUGCAGAAAACGGAUUGAAAAUUGCGCAGGUGUUGGAUGGAUUUAUCAAGCGGAAAGUUAUUAAGCAGACUGUGAUGACCACUGUCUACGGUGUAACAAGAUUUGGUGCUCGACUUCAAAUUGCCAAACAGCUCAAAGACAUUGACGGAUUUCCUAAGGACUUGGUAUUUCAAGCUUCCCAGUAUCUGGUUGCCAAGACUUUUGAGAGUUUAGGUGAAAUGUUCACGUCCACCAAAGAAAUCCAAGACUGGCUAACGGACAGUGCUCGAAUGAUUUCCCAUAUCAGAGGCAAAAAAGUUGAAUGGGUUACUCCACUUGGUCUUCCUGUUGUCCAGCCAUACAUUAGAGACAACGUGACAACUAUAGUAAAUCCUAAGGCGACAAAUCUCAAAUACAUCCAACCAAAGCAAGCCAUGGAUAGUCAUGGCCGGCCCAAUGUGAUGAAGCAAAAGAAUGCAUUCCCUCCCAAUUUCAUCCACUCACUGGAUUCAUCUCACAUGAUGCUCACCUCAUUGCACUGCGAGCAAAAGGGAAUUUCUUUUGUGUCAGUGCACGAUUGCUUCUGGACUCACCCAAGCACAGUGGACGCUAUGAACUUGAUAUGCAGACAGCAAUUCGUGGCUCUUCACAGCCAGCCAAUUCUUGAAGACCUCUCGAAGUCGCUGCUGAAGAGUUUCAGCUAUGACGACAUUGGAUGGGCUUUGCCAGAAGAUAAUGAGAAGUUGAACAGCCUUCUGAGAAGUGUGCCUUCAAAAGGGGAAUUUGACCUUUCAAAGGUGCUGGAAUCCAUUUACUUCUUCAGUUGAUCAAGUAGCAGAUGGAAUCGUUCUCUUAUAUGUGCCCUUGCAAUAAACUAAGUCUAGUCAGUUUAGAACAUUU